UUUAGUCAGAUGAUAGAGGUUACCUUACUUAUUUAACAUUUUUAACAAAUUAAAAUAUUAGUUAUACUAUAACACUAAUUGCUGAAUGUAAUUAAGUUAUUUUAUUUACUUGUAAAUUUAAUCGAAAGUUUUUUUAUAAUUUCACUUUUUAUUUGUUUUUGACAACAAUAUUUAAUAUGAAUACUUUCCGCUCCUUUUGGCGGAUAAAUAGUUUUAAUCAAUAUCAACAAAUACGGUUGGGCCAUAGAAUAAGAGGAAAACCUCCAAUACAAUGUAGAACAAUAAAAGAAAGAUUAGAUGAGCUGAAUUAUAAAGAUGAAUUGUACACAGCAAGAAUUGAUAUAGGAUUCCCAUCAGAGAAAAAAACAUCUUCCAAAGCUCGCGAGGAACGAAUGGAGCUAUCGAAAACAGUUAAAAAUGAUAAAAAAAUGGAAGAAUUGGCUCGGAAAGGCAUGUUGGAAAUUGAUAUGGAUCAAGCUAAGAAGGACUGGCUUAAAUCACUAGGACCCAUGCAUAAAAAACAAAUAGCUGAUCAUUAUGGUAUAUUUGAACAUUUAUAUGGAGAAGGAUUUUUUAUACCUCAAUUGCAUUUAGAGGUAUUCUAUGACAUAAAUGAUGGUAAUUGCUUACCAGUCUAUUAUGGAAAUGUAAUUAAACCUGCAGAAGCUCUUCAAAGUCCUCAUGUUUCAUAUGAGUCGGAUGGUAAUACAUUGUGGACACUUGCUUUAACCAAUCUUGAUGGACACUUGGUUGAAAAUGACAAGGAAUAUGUGCACUGGCUUAUAGCCAAUAUACCUGGCAAUUCUAUCGAAAAGGGGGAUGUUAUAGCUAAUUACUUACAACCAUUUCCACUAAAAGGAACAGGUUACCAUCGAUAUGUUUUUGUUUUAUAUAAACAGGAUGGAAUGAUAAAGUAUGAUUUACCUAAAAUAACAUCAUCAUCACCUUUGGAGGAAAGAACAUUUUGUACUAGAGAUUGGUACAAAAAAUACCAAGAUAACAUUACACCAAUAGGACUUGCUUUCUACCAAAGUGAUUGGGAUACAACUGUGAAAGAUUUCUUUAAUAAAACAUUAAAUCAAAAGGAACCAAUUUAUGAAUAUGACUUCCCAGCACCAUACAUUCGACCACAAGAGUGGUUCCCCAGGAGAAAGCCAUUUAACUUAUACAUGGAUAAGUACAGAGAUCCAAAGCAAAUCAACAAAGAAUAUUUAUUGCGGAAAUUGAGAAAUGAAGAUCCAUUUAAGGCUCCUGCACCUCCCUUAAAAUUCCCAAAUGCCCAUCCCCUACCGAAAGAAAUGCCAUCGUGGUUGAAACUGCAUGAGAAAAAGAUAAGAUUAGGUUGGGGUAGAGUCAAUGAUGUGUAAAUUCUUAUUUAAAAGGAAAGUAAAUUAGAUAUCUGUUA